AUGCGUGCUUUCUUCAUCAUGGCUCUUAACUUAAUUGCUAGCACCAAUACUGCCGCGGCGUCGACCACGCAAGCAAAUUCCAAAAUAUUGACCCAAGCUGAUACCGAAGUGAAGCCCAACAACGACCGAUUUCUUCGGGUGGAUGCGACGGUUAACGAGAUUCUGGACACGAAGGAUGAAGAGAGGGGAAUCGCGGAUGCUUGGCACCGGCGCGAAGACCUGGAUGAAAGACGCCCGCCUAAAGUCCACCGUGUACUGGAAAACCAACGCUGCAGACCUGGAUAA